GGACCAAGUCGGAUGCUUACUAUCAAGGUCACUGCUGCUGGAGCAUGCAAUGAGGGUCAGGCAACGGUCAGUUUGCCAGAACUGCCGAUCUAAGAAGCUCGGUUGUGAUGGAAAGUUGCCUGAGUGUAGUCAGUGUCUAUUAACAGGACGCCAAUGUCCAGGGUACCCAGCCAAAUGGUCCUUCGUACAGAGCCAAUCAAAACCCGCCCAGAGCAGAAGAUUGCCAUCCAACGUAUCAAACCAGGUUCUCAGCUCCCAAGAAAUUGUAUCGAAUGAUUCGCAUUUAGAGGACUUUGCUUGUCAGCCAUCUAACGAAAUCAGUCUGCACCAAACGCGAGGCGCAGCCUGUAAAUUGCGUCGCGCCGAGAAGGUUGAUCUCAUUAUACGGAGCUACGUGCCCGAUGAAGAAUUAUUCCCCCCUGACCUUAUUUCUAAUGAGCCACGGCCUCGCAUAUGUGGAUCAUGGGUCGAAGUUCUUCCAGCUAUGAGUGAAAAUCCUGACUCCGAUAUCAUUCUGGCUGCCGCGAACGCUCUGUCAACCUCAAUCAUGUCUCGGAGGCUUUCAGAAAGGGCCUCUAGUAUCAACAGCACACGUAGCUACCUUACCGCUCUCCAAAUGAUGCGAGAGGAGCUCGGUACGGCAAAAAAAUCGUCAGAUCGAGAGCUACUGGCAUCAAUAAUGUGCCUCAGCUUGGCAGAAGUUAUGUUUCCAGGCCCAACCGAAGGUUUAAAGAUGCACAUCAAUGCCGUGGCACGAAUACUUCAGGCUAAUGGGCCGCAGCGCUAUCAAACUGGAGUUUCCCACAGGCUAUUUAUUGGCUUCCGCCCUUUAUUGAUGAUAAACGCAAUUCAAUGCCGGACUCCGUCUUUUCUGGGCUCAGACAAUUGGAAGAUGAUUCCAUUUGCAAUAUUUAGGCCAUCCCCGAUGCAAAGCCUUCUCAGCCAGGCCGCUGCCCUUCCAUUGAUUCUGCAUAGAAUUGACAACAUAUCUGGUCGAGAAGCCUCCAUUGGAGAUCAAACUGAAGCUACCUCUAUAUUGAACAGCGUUGGUGACUUGCUGAACAGCCUAAAUGAAUGGGAGGCGUCUGAAGCAAACAAUGCGACGUCUCCCCUUUACUGGUACCGAGAUCAGAGCACAAAGGCUUCGGAAAUCCCCUGUAUCUGGUUUCCCGGUAUCACUAUGGCCAACGCGAUUACCUAUAUCUGGGCGUUUCGCAUCAUAUGUCUUUACGAGAUGGAACGUCUUGCGUCUUCCCUCCCGCAGGCUAACUUUGACUACUGGAGGAUUCUGAAGGAACACCACAUUGAAAGUGUCCAGAAAAGUUCUGCGAACCUGCUGAGGCAGAUAUGCGAAAGCAUGGAGUAUCUUCUUCAAGAAGAAAUGAAGCUCUUCGGUCCUGCUUCUACAAUCCUACCUCUUCAGGUGGCCUACGCGGUAGCCACAACGAAUGGUAAUCAGCACAACUUGGAAUUAGCUGUCCUGAAGAAGGUUGUCGACCGGCUAGUCUGCAAAGGUCUUCAAUCGUUUCCGAUCAUGAUAUUCGAAAGGAACUCUUUCUUGCACAGAUGGGAUAGAUUAUAAGAUAGGUAAUUCACAAGAUUGAUGGGUG